CUUCAUGUAAUAAAGAUGAAAGGCAUCAUGCAGCAUCAACAGAGUUUAACUUCUACAUGUUGCAAAUGCUUCAGAUGAAACACGGGAAGCUAGUUUUCUAUUUCAAGAUUACGCUGAGCAUGAAAACUCAACUGGAGCAUGCUUGCUUAGGAAGUGUUCAACAGAGCAGGGCUAAGUCGUGUUGAGAGGUUCAAGCAGAUUCAUCAAGAUACUGCAAACAAUGGAUACGGUGUCUGAGGAUGUUACACGCUCCGAUGUCGAUGCUGAGAUGACAAUGUUGGUGUCGGAUGAUGUUACAGAACAAAAUGCUGAUGUCAGCGAUGAAGUGGAGAAUCUUCGAAACAGUUUGCGUGAAGCCGUCCAUGAUGACAGCGUCCGACCCAAGAUGCAGUGCCUUAUGAUGGACUCCUCUUUCUCCAUGGUAACGGUGCAAGGUGAGGACAGUGGGAUCGCCUGGGAGACGACCCCCAGCCGCUGCACCACACCAUGGGCAUCUGAAGCGGGAGCUGCGGAUGUCGGCUCUCCAACUGGACUGCGGCCUGCAACACCUGGAUCUCAUCCAGCAGGCAAGAUUAUAUUUGUCAUGGAUGAGGAGAUGAUUUCAAGACGGAGGAAAGAAAGGGUAAGCAGUCAGAAGAGCAAGGCGGAAAAACAAGAAGUCCUGGAAGGAAGCUCAGAAAACGUUUCAGGGCGGCCAGAGUUGGUGGAAGUCUCGCAACCAAAUGUGAAAACUGAAGGUGAAGGAGACCAAGAGGAAGCAACUGAUCCUCUGGAGGAUAAGGAGCAGCGGCUGUUCAGCAUUGUGGCCGAAGGCUCUGAAAUCCUCAACAUUGUCGUUCCUCCCAAACUGGCCACUGUGGAUGAAGAAGAGAGCAAAGAAAUGGUGGACAAUCUGUCGUAUUUGGAGGAGAGCCUUGUUGCUAAAGCUAGUGAGGAGACCCAAGACAAUGAGCUGCUGAUACCAGGAGCUGAAGCAGAGACGAGUGAUCAGGUCAAGCCUUCACCUCGUGCAAUGGAUCCACCUGGAGCGCCAGUGGCCAGACCUCCAGUCAGAGGAGCCGCUGGGAAUGUGGACUACUUUGAGGCGUUCUCCUUGAUUGAUGCUCAGGCUCCUGGGAGUCCUGCUGUAAUAAUGCAGAGGCAGGAAGAACCAGAAGCGGAGACAGAGGCAGAAACUACAAUUACGAACCAGGAUGCUGAUAAACCUGAGGCUGAAGACAACACCAUCACCACAACUGUGGACAAUGACAAGUCAGAUGCAGUCAGUCUGGAGGAAAUCACCAGUGAGCUUCUAGAUGAAGUCUUCUAUGGUGGUACAGAAAACUACCCAGAGAAAAGUCUGGAUACAGCAGAUGGAGCAACUGGAGGCACAACUCAUCGGCUUCCCUCAAAGCCGAGUGGUUCCAGUCUGUUUGGAAGCCAAGAAGAAAUCCUGACUCCAAUCUUCCUGCCCGAAGGACCUCAGAAAAUUAUUGACCUGAUUUUGCUGGAGGAGCCGAAAGCCAUGGCCUUCCUUUACACGGACCUGUAUGAAGAAGCAAUUGGCAGUCGGCAAAAAGACGAGGAUGCAGGAAGUAUGACAUCUGAAAAGUCCUUCCACAGCCGGCAUUCAGACCGGGAGGCCAGGGGAUAUUUGGAGAAAUACGUCCUGAUAGAUGAGACUCCUGCUGUGGAGAUGGAGCAGACAGAUACAGAAAAUUAUUUAGAAGAAGACCUGCGGAGGUUGCCCCAAGAUUUGUAUGAUUUUGAAGAUAUUCAGGCCAAUUCUCAAAAGGAAGAGACACAAAACUCAGAAGGUGUCACAGACUUCUUCAGGUCCAGUGCCAAUUCAUCUCCCUGCGAUGUAGAGCCUUUCUCUCGAUCAGCAGAAGAAGACGACACACAAACAACAACAAAGAGUAAAGCCAAGACACAAAAAAGUGUCUCUAUAACAGCUGAGAAAGUUGAAGAAACCCCCAUAGAGCCACUGAGCAUCUCAGCCUUUGAGUUCCCCCCAGACUGGGGAGAUUCAGAUGAGUAUCCUACACCCCAGGAUGAAAAACAUGUCCAUGUCCACAGUGAUGAAGAAUCACGGAAACAUGAUUCAGAUACAAACAAACCAGUUGCACCUCCUAGAAGGAAGCCAGCCUCCUCUCCAAAAUCAUGUCUGGAUCUAACACCUCUGACUCCAGUUGAUGUGAUCACACAGGAAAAAGAGGAGGCUGAAGGAAAGGAGCAAAGGGAGGAGGAAAAAGAGACGGCAUCACCUGUAGAGACCGCAGAUGAGGGCGAUGGAGAUGGAGAGGAAACUGUGCCAGCCUCUGAAGAGAUGCUAACAAAUAACGCUGUAGCUGUGCUGGAAACUGGGCCCUUAGAAAGUGAAAGUCCAAAAGACUGCAGUGAAACUGCAGAACCUCUGCUUCACGGAGAUGCAAACCCAGCUGAAGAGAAAGACGUAAAAACAGAUGAAAUAGAAGGAAGAAGUGAGACUGAAACAGUUGCUAAACAAACUGAACUAACGGAGACAGAUGUAAAGUCUGGAGUUGAAACAGAGAUUAAUCCAGAGAAACAGGAAGAUAUUUCAGUUGCUUUAUCAGCUGGGCCAGCAAAAAACAAAGGGAACUGUAUUAUCCUUUAAUAGUUAUUGUUUUCCAAAAACUUAAUAUUUCAAGAGCUGUGAAGAGAUAUAUCCUUCUUUGGUCUUAAAAUCUAAUUUGAAUUUAAUUCAGCUUCAUACAUACUGUAAAUAACUUUAAUGUUAUUAACAGCUGCUGCAAAAGCAGCAAUAUGCAUGAAUCUUGGAAAGGAGAGGUUUGGGUCACAAGUGCAAAUAAAAAGGGUGAGAGCACAUAUGUGACGUUGGGUGCAUCUUCAGCUAUAAAUAAGUCUUUGACUGUUAACCUGACACCUUGUCUCAGUUAGGAGUCUGUGUACUGUGCACACACUUGUAAACAAAUAGGAAAAAGAUGUGCAAAAUGUGCUCAUUUUGACAGGUUCUUAUGUCAUGUUUAAUUGUUCAUAUGUUUCCUCAUGCAGUAUUAAAAAAUAUUUACUAUGGGUGUUUGUUCCUGUGCAUCACCUCAACUCAAACCCAAUUUCUGCUACGUCACAUGUCAAAACCUGUUUAACAAAUCACCUUAGAGGAAAAUUUCUGGAUAUGGCUUGUUCUCCACAGAACAGACAUCUAAAUGAAGCAACAACCUAAAAUACUGUUUUUUUUCUUGCCAAGGACUUGGAACACACAAGUGUUAUUUGCACCUGCAGCUGAAUCCAAAUUUGCCAUCUGGAGCCCAGCAGUGAUCCUGAGUCUGAGCUGACCUUGAAGAGGAGCCCAAGAACACACUCAGAGAUAUUAAAUUGCAUAUGAGCAAACAAGGUGUAAAUAGGACACAGACAGAAGUGAGUGUGUAGCACAGAGGUAGUUUGGUUGGGCAGAAUUAUGGUUAUAUUUGUAGGCUUCAGGGUCUUGUAAUUUUUCACUGUGGAAAGUGGAUUUGGCGACACCCACUGUAACAAAUAUGUGUGUACGCUUUCUAACCAG